GGAAACUCAGCCCAGAUCAAAACCUUCACAAGUAACUUGCUAAAUAUCUUGAAUUAUUUUUUCGAACCAUCGUAAAAGGUGUAAUAUUAACAGCAGAGAUGGCGACCACGAAGCGAGAGCAGAGGAAUCAGGCGUCGGAGGUCGGCAGUGAUUUGUCGGAGCAGAUUAAAGAGGCAACAAAGAGAAACCACGAGCGAGCCGAGAACACGCAGCUGAUGCUCAGUUACCAGAGAGGCCAGGUCACAGCUGGCCAGUACAAGGUGCUGCUGUGCUCCCUCUAUGAGAUCUACAAGGUGUUGGAGGAGGAGCUAGACAGGAACUCCUCCCAUCCAGCAGUGGCGCCCAUCUACUUCCCUCAGGAGCUGGCCCGGCUGGACUCCCUGCAGAGAGACCUGGAGCACUUCCUCGGCCCAGACUGGGAGAGGAGUGUGGUGGUCCCCACAGCAACACUCCAAUACACCCAAAGGCUCCGGCAGAUUGGCCAGGAGAGUCCCACUCUGCUGGUGGCUCACGCCUACACCCGUUACCUUGGUGACCUGUCGGGAGGUCAGGUGCUGGGCAAAAUCACCCAGAAGUCUCUGGGUCUGACCAGCAAGCAGGGCCUGUCUUUCUUCUCAUUUCCCGGCGUGACGAGUCCAAAUCGGUUCAAGCAGCUGUACCGGAGUCGGAUGAACGGCAUUGAGCUGACGGAGGAGGAGCGGGCCGCCGUGCUGGACGAGGCCGUUGCCGCUUUUGAGUUCAACAUCCGGGUUUUUGAUGACUUGCAGAAAAUGCUGAGCAUCGCAGCAGGAACGGAUCCACCGACGAGCACAAGUGCCACUUUCUCAUUUUCCCCCGUCAUGCAGUUGACAGUGGGCCUCUGCGUCACCAUCGCAACCAUUGGAAUGGGAAUAUACAUCCUUUAGUGCGGCACAAUCCGACCUGUUGCUGCGCAGAGCCGUUACAUGCAUCGUCCAUUUCUACACCGAAACAAGCCAAUAAACUGAUGCC